AUGUUCGCUGAAAGUGAAGACCUGUUAGUAAGAAUGAUGAGCUAUACAAACGAGUUUUUGGAAGCCUCGGGAAUGGAGAACUUCGAAAAGUCUGCAACAAAUUCGAUGGCAUUGGGUGAUGAAGCAUGUGUAUUCGAUGGAUUGCAAGGAUAUCGCUACCUUGGAAUCAUUGAAAACAAAUCUAGUGAAAUGAAGAAGUAUUUGCAGUCCAAGUAUGGGGAAGAGUAUUUUUCUGGAGUCCCAUUGAAGCAGUGUCUUGGAAAUCUAAUAAACCUUCAGGAAACUUCUCUGAUGACCAAGAUUAAAGGAAAAAAUUUACACUUUAUCCUAUUCAAUUCACAAAACCUUCCAAAUGUUGAUCACAAGUCCUCAUCUAUAUGGCUUGCAAAUGGAAAUAACUCACCGCGCAAUGAAGGAUUGGCAUGUUUUCUUCAGUAUCGGAAUAUUUUCUUUUCCACCGAAGAACUGGUCUCAAGAUGCCCUCAUUGUAAAGCGGCGAAGAAAACAGUGGAUCAUCUGGCCACUAGAUGUGAACGUAUGCUGUAUCUUGACUACACGAGACGUCAUAAUGAAGUUGUACGCUGUUUGCAUCUCCAUUUUUGUCGUCUUUAUGGAUUGAAGAAUCAGAAAAGGUUGAAGACACACUUGGUGCAGGAGGUUAUAUCGAAUGAAAGAGUUGAGAUACGGGUGGACACUCGAAUCGAGACUGAUUCUACCAUUCGUUAUAACAAACCUGAUUUAUUGGUAUAUGAUAAAAAAGAGAACGUAAUUUGGAUUGUGGAAGUGGGAGUUACUUCUCAAGAUAAUUUACAGCGAGUAGAACUUGAAAAGUUAAGAAAAUAUGAUUUACUCGCUAAUGAAUUAUCCCUGAUUCACAAGGCCAAAGUGAAUAUAAUUCCUGUGGUCCUUACAUGGGAUGGCAUUGUGUCUAAAUAUUUUAAAAUAUUUGGACUCGAUCAGAGUGAGGGAACAUCUGAUUGCUUAUAUGCAAUCAAUUGUGCUUAA